UCACAGACACAGAGAGAGACAGAGUUCAUGAGUUCAGUACAAGUCUUCUUGGUCUAUUGUCAUCGGGGCGCGGCCUCGUGGCGCAGGGCAGGACAAGGUGCGCUCCUGUUACCUCACACAUCACCGACGCUGCGCAGCUCAGCUCAGCUCCGGGAGGAAAACAUCGUGGGAAAAGAAGAGAAAUGGCGAGUCUGGAUCCACUGAAAUCCGUCAUCUCCAUCGGGAACGUGGACGACACGUCUCUGGCUGUCCCCUCCGUGCACCAGUGCAGCUCCGGGCAGCAGCGCGUCCUGGAACAAGUGCAGACUCUCCGGAGAACCAAGUCCCGACAGUCCAGCAGCAGCAGCCGGAGCGGCUCCUUCUCCCCGACCAGCCCUUCCUACGAGUUUGUGUUUUUGGAUCCUGCGAAGACUCUGUCGCCGACAUCGAAUGGAAAUGUUUUCUUUGGAAACGGCUUGUCAAGAACACUCAGCAUUGGGGAAAAUAUGAAACAGCAAGUUGUCAACAACUCCAAGGAAUCGACCGUGAGGAGGAAUUUAGCAGCUGCUGCCUAUCAGUAUGAGAAGAGGAGUUACGCCACCCUCGGCACCAUGGCUGUCAGUCAGACCAGCGCGAGCCACGGCGAGUCCGACCUGUCCUGGAAGCGCCCGGUGCAGAGACAGUCCUCUGUUCCUCUGCAGAGGUUCCUCUCCAGCAAAAGCCCCACCAGAACCGAGAGGCCCACCAGCCAGGUUAUAACCCUCGGCUCACGCAAAACUCAGUUCGCCACCAACAGCCCAAAUCACACCAGAACAAUGGAGCAGGUGAGAGGCAGCCAGGUCGAUGGGUCCAGAAUUCCUCCGAAGCCUGUGGUCACCGAGGUCACUACCAAGACUAAAGAAGACUCUGGAUCAAACGAAGGCAGUGGCCUCGUGGAAAUCACCAUGAAGGAGGCUGUGGUUUGUCUUUCCAACAACGAUGAGAAGCAUCAGCACUGCGGAGCCUCCUACAUCCAGCACAACACCUUCAUCGACGACAAGGCGAAAGAGGAGGUGUUGAAGCUCAACGGGAUCCCUCCUCUGGUGACUCUGCUGCGCAGCCGUGAUUCGAAGAUCAGCCAGACGGCCGCGGCCACGCUCCGUAAUCUGUCCUUCAAGAGCAACAGCUGCAAGGAGGCCAUAUAUCGCAAAGGAGGCAUCACAGAGGCCGUGACUCUGCUCAGAGAAACGGAUUCUGUGGAGCUGCAGAAACAGCUGACAGGUCUCCUGUGGAACCUGUCGUCUGCAGACGAGCUGAAGCCAGACCUGCUGAAGAGUGCGUUGCCUGUGUUAAUGGAGCGAGUGAUCCUGCCUUACACUACCGGUCCUGACCGAACCAACAGUGGCACCCAGGACCCUGAGGUCUUCUAUCACGCCACCGGGUGUCUGAGGAACCUCAGCAGUGCAAAGCAAAACAACCGACAGGUGAUGAGAAAGUGUCGAGGUCUGGUCGACUCUCUGGUCAGUUACGUUGGAGAUUGUGUGGAAGCAGGAAAACCAGAUGAUAAGUCAGCAGAAAACUGCGUGUGCGUCCUGCACAACCUGACGUUCCAGCUGGAGGUCGAGGCUGCGACUCUGUUCAGCAGAAUCACGGCUUUGUCCAAGACCAUGAACCGCAGCAACAGCCAGGGCGACACGGGCCCCAUCGGCUGCUUCAGCCCGCAGAGCAAAUCUCCAGAGAAGGAGCAACAGUUUGACUUCCCCGUGGUUGAGGAUCCGCAGCCGAGCGGGGCGGGCUGGCUGUUCCACUCCAAAACUCUGCAGAGUUACCUGAACCUGCUCGACUCCAGCGAGCGCGCUGACACACAGGAAGCCUGUUGUGGCGCGCUGCACAACCUCACUGCACAUGAAGGCAUUGUCUCCAGAGUAAUGGGACACACCAUUGUGCAGAAGCUGAAUGGCCUGAAGGUUAUCUGUCCCCUUUUAAAGUCAAACAAAGUCAACCUACAGAAGAGCGCUGUGGCUUUAGUAGGAAACCUGACCAAGAACCCAAGCCUUCACAAUGCGAUUGCUCGUAAAGCUCUCCCAGAGCUGGGGGACAUCAUCAAAGCCGGCACAGAGGAAGGGAAUGAGUCCGAUGACACUCUCUCCAUGGCCUGUCAGGCGGCCAACUGCCUGAUCAUGAAGGAACCUGACAUCGGCAAAGGGCUGUUAAACAGGGCCCUGAUAAACUCACUGACAGAGCUCAGCCAAAACAACUAUCUCCCCAAAGCCAGCAAAGCUGCGUCGCAGCUUCUCUGCAGCCUGUGGUCAGACAAAGAUUUACAAAGCUUCCUGAAAAAGCAAAGGAUGGGAAAACCCAUAUUCGUAAAUGACAUCACCAAGUUGGCUCAAAAUGGUAAUUAGCCGAUCGUCUUUUUUUACCGAAGCAACUUUCCUGCACAAGUUGUACAUGCACAGAUCUGAGCAGCAUCCUCUCUCAUUUCAUUUUUGAAUCCAUGUUUCCUUAUAAUGCGUCCAUCAGUAAUGCCAGGCCUGUAUAUGCUGUAAGGUGACUUUAUAAGAAAAUAGGUGAAGGUUGAAAUGUAAACGUAGAAUAUAGCGGCCAAACUGUCUUUGCUGGAAGUUUUGAUUUGUUUUUUAAGUUUUAAAAAUGGAGGAAAUUGUGUGUGUGAUAUGGUAGCAUGAGCUUGUUUUUUUUACUAAUAUGAGGGUCUUUAAUGUUGCACAGAAAUUGUUUUAAUAUGAUGACAGAAGAUUGUUAAAUGUGUUUGAUAGAAAAUGAAUGGAUAAUGGAGCAUUUAUAUUUUCGGAGUUUAUGUGGUUUAUGUAAGAGCUAUGAUUGUGUUUCAUUAUACAUUUGAUAAAAACUGUUUGUUGGUGGGAUGUGCAUUUUCCUGUAUGUGAUUGUAAAAUGAUUUGCUUGUAUUGACCCGAAAAGUGGCAAUAAAGAAUAAUUUCUCUUUGAGCUUCA